AUGACCAUCGUCGCCGUCCGAGGCGUCCUGCCCUACGCCGCCAGGGCCGCCUGGAUUCGAGGCCAGCGACCCUCCAACGCCAACGUCGUCAAAAAUGACGGCUUCGACUACGUGCGCCGCCUCCCCACCGCCCUGCGCUCCAAGGAGAUCGACGACAUCCUCCGCUGCCUGGGCCAAGGCGCCCUCGACGCCCACUUCAUCCGCUCCAUUGCCCCUUCGACCUUCACCGCCGUCCUCGGUCUGCUGCGGCCAGGGCGCAUGCUCGCCGAUUGGGAGCAGGCCCUCGCUCACAACUGGUGGAUCCGUGGCCGACACUAUGGCACUUUGCCCUCGCGCUGGCACGUCUACGCCCGCUUCUCCGACCUCGUCGCGAGCCUCGUCGACAUUCGCCGACGCGCCGGCAUGCCUCUGGGCAUGCUCGACUACCGCCACCUGAUGCACGCCGCCACCGGCGUCGCCAACUCGGACCUGGCCAGGUCGCUGCUGCUCGCCAUGCGACAGGACGGCCUCCAGCCCGACGCCGACUGCAUAACCGCCUACCUGCACUGCCUCGUGUGGGACCGCCGCCCGCGCGACCCUGACUUGGGGGAUGCCUCGGGCGCCUUCCGAACCGCCCCCAUCAACACCUCCCUGCGCCGAAAAGGCAAACACCCCUUCGCCCCGGCGCCCGGAGUCUAUGUCGUCGAGGCCGAGGAGGCCUUUCAAUCGCUGCUAUCGCGCGGCCUGGUUGUCGACGAGGCCUUCAUGUGCCACAUGAUGACGGCCUACGCUCGCGAAAACGACAUGGAUUCGUGCGUCAAAAUCCUCUUCCGCUUCUGGAACGUCGACGCCGAGAAUUUCGAGACGCAGGCGAGACCCUACCCGCCCGGCCACCCGCUGCGGCCCACCGGCCGCCUGCUGCACACCAUCGCCCAUGCUUUCGGCGCCACGAACCGCGUCACCACCAGCCUGCGCAUCAUCGACCAGGUCUCGACCGCAUACGACAUCCAUAUCGGCAUCGACGUGUGGGAGGAGAUAUUCGUGUGGACCUUUAGCCACUCCUGGCCGCGAGGCUCGAGCUCCUUUGGCCUCGCCCACAAGACCGAGCGGCUAACCCUCAAGGCCGUCGAGCAGCUGUGGCAGGUCAUGACCAACGAGCCGUACCGCGUCCGCCCGACCUUGAGAAUGUACCACCUGUCGAUCAAAAACCUGACCCAAUUCCAGCGCUACGACAUCGUCGUCGGCCGCAUCCGAGAGGGCCUCGCCGCCAUCCAUGCCGACAACGCCACGCUGAGCGCCAACCUGGAAGCCCACCGGUCGGCUUGGCUGGCGCGCGGCCUCGGCGCCGUCCCGAAAACGUCCAAGUGGGCGCUCAAACGGCGACGGAUACGCGACGUGGGCGUGGCUCAGCGCAACGCCGUCAUGCUGAAGCGGUGGUGCAGGUGGUACUACGAGCAAGGGAACAGGGGCCCGGGCUUCCGGCGCAAGCCGCACGAGGUCCUGCCCGACGGCACCGUCCAAAAGGAGCCGCCCGACAACAUGCGCUUCACCCAGCCCUUCUGGGCGUACCGCGACGUCCCGAACUUUUUGGCCGAGUUCGCCAACGUGGGCCCCCACAUCGUCACCUACCGCACGCACACUGGAUUCGUCAGCAUCCGCUUGCGCUGGCAUUGGCCGACAGAGGAAGAGCACAUGCGGAACCACAGGUUGUUGAGAAAACGGCAGGCGACGUUGAUGAAGCAGCAUAGGCAGAAAAUGAAGCAGUGGCUGCUGGAGCACAAGCAAGAAUUGGCCGAGCACGAAUUGGCCAUGAAGGAGGGUGCCGCGCCCGCCAAGCGGCAUAGAGACGGCAUCUUUACGUCGUAUGAUGACGACGAGGACGACUACGGCGAGGACGAGGCCGGUGAUAAAGAUUGGUGGCGGCGGCGGUAG